AUGCCGGAGACAAUCAGAAGAGAAGACAAUGCUAGGGCAUACCCCAAUGCAAGCGAGACAGAAAAACUUGAGAGUUGCGACCCUAAACAUCGGGACGCUGACUGGAAAGAGCAGAGAAAUAGCAGACAAGAGACAAGAUGGAAUGGUGGGAAAUCAGGAGGGAAGGCAAGAAACAUCGGAAAGAGCUACAAGCUGUACUACAGCGGAGGAGGAAAGCCAAAGAAUGGAGUGGCUAUAUGCUUGAGUGAGGAAUGGCAAGAUAAAGUGAUAGAGAUCCAGAGAAAGUCCGAUAGAAUCAUAAUUAUGAAACUGGUAACACCUGACAAGACGUUCAACAUCGUGACUGCCUAUGCACCUCAGCAAGGCUGUGAAAAAGACGAGAAGCAGAGAUUUUGGAACCAACUUGAAGAAGUGACCACCAAUGUGAAGAAAACAGAACAGCUGAUUGUGGCAGGAGAUCUCAAUAGGCACAUCGGAGAGAGAGUAGAGGGAUUUGAGAGAUGGCAUGGAGGAAAGUCAAUCGGAAGAAGAAAUGAAGAAGGAGAUAAGAUCUUAGACUAUGCAAGGAGCAAGGACCUCGCAGUGGUAAACACAUUCUUCACACAGAGGGAUGGAAACACCUACACGUACAAAAGUGGCCUUAGCCAGACCGUGAUAGAUUUCAUCAUGAUAAGGAGAGAUGACCUAGGCGAUGUUAAAUAUUGUAAGGUUAUCCCUAGUGAGGAAAUUGCACUGCAGCAUAGACUCGUUGUGAUGGAUUGUAAGAUCAAGAAGAGGAGAAGAAUAAGAAGAGAGACCGAAGAAGAUCAACUGAGAAGAGCAAAGGACAUUGACAAGAUCACUUUUGUCAAGGAUGAGCAGGGAAAGAUCGUGAGCGAAGAUGAGAAAAUCAAAGAGCGAUGGAGGCAAUAUUUUGAUAGAAUUUUGAACACGAAGAACAACAGGAAAGAACUGGACCAUCUUGAACCAGUCCAUGGGCCAGUACCAGAGAUUACGGAAGAUGAAGUGAGAAGACAACUCAAAAAGAUGAAGAACAAUAAAGCAAGAGGACCGGAUGAGCUCCCCAUCGAACUAGGGAAGAAAUUGGGAAACACAGGAACAGAGUGGAUGACAUCAUGCUGCAGAGAAAUAAUGAAGACAGGAAUACCAGAAGAAUGGAGAACAAGCAGAAUAGUGCCCAUUUACAAACAGAAAAGUGAUCCCCUAAGCUGUGGAAACUAUCGAGGCAUUAAACUCCUCUGCCACUCAAUGAAAUUAUUUGAGAGAGUGAUAGAGGCGAGACUGAGAGAAAUAGGGAAGAUAAAGGACAACUAA